GAUGAUCCAGCAUCUCCUCUGCAGACAAACUUCAGCAUAGCCCCAGUAAAUUAUAAAUCAAUACUUGCAAGAUAUUAAUGUUAUCAGCUGCAUCAAAAACGUUGCUAGGAUGUGUGAACUUCUCUGGGACGUUGGCCCAGGUUUGGACAGGGCAGACCAGAAAGGGUUAAUGCGAGAGGAUGUUUGUGUUCAAACAGUGGAAAAACAGUAUUGCUGCCAGAUUUUGGGAUCGAUUGAUUGCUUCUUAUGCGAGAAGACUUAGACAACAGGAAGAUAUGUUCUGUGUAUAAAAAUGUGUAGAUUCAGACUUGAUCCUCUGUCUUUUUACCAUUUCAUAAACACCAUGCUGUGUGAAAGGUUCCCUCACUUCCUGUACUUUAUCGAUCAGAAUUUAGACGAUGUCAUAAUGUUGAUGAUGUCAUAAACACCGUUCUGAGGGGAAAGUGAUGUCACUGCCUGCUUCCACAUUCUGAAGAUCAAAGCCACAGAGUGAACACAUUCUGAAACUUCAGCUCCUCAGUCUAAUCAAUCAUUUACAACUGAGCUUCGUGUACAGAGCCCAGAAAAACAAGCGGUGGUUAACACAGUCGUUAAGAGAGAAGAAAAAUGAGCUGCAUCGAGGAAACGGUCCCUUCUGAGAAGUUCUUUGACAAUCUGGGCAUGGACGUCAGCCAAGAACAAGCAGAUAUAUCUGACCAAGAAAACAAAGUGGACGUGGAUGCAGUCAUUCAACAACUGGAAGGAAUAGAUCUCCAACUGCAAAGGUACGCUAGACAAUAUGAGAAAAAACAACUAGCAGAGCUCCAUGAAAAUAGCCAAACUCAAAAAGAAUUGGAUGCAAUGUCCAACGCUAUGCAAGUGGCGAAAGAAGCCAUUUUGAACGCCAAUGAAGCUUUGGAAAAAGAACGCCAGGAGCUACACAAUAUGACACAUGAUAAAUCCUUUGAUGAGAACUAUGAUAAAGUCAAAGCAGAGCUCUUAGCAGCAAGCCAGCAAAACGAGGCGUUGAGACAAGAAAUUCAGGAGCUCAGGAGAAGACCCCAAAAUGAACCAUCUUUGGAGGAAUUGUGUAAUGUCAUUAAGGAGGAAACAGAGGCCAUGAGGCUCCAAAAUUACAGCAUACAAGAGGAAAUCCAGGAGCUCAAAGAAAAGCGUAGAAAUUUAACUGCUCUGGAUGAAACGUAUGACACACUGAAAGCAGAGAAAGAGGCGAUAAGCCAGCAAAAUGACGACCUGAGACAAGAGAUUCGGGAGAUAUCCAAAGAUCUCCGAUAUGAAAAGGCUCUGCGGGAAAUGAAUGAGCAAAUGGAAGUUUCCAAAGUGACCAUCAGCCAGCAGAACGCAGCACUGAAAGAACAACGCCAGAAGCUCUACAAAGAUUAUGAAGAUCAAAAGAUUUUCGGUGUCAUGUGUAGGGAGAAGUUGCACAACAUGGGAUUUAUGUGCAGAGAAAAUGAAGACAUCCAAAUAGACAUUGAGGACCUUACCAGUAGGAUCCAGAACAGAAAAGCCAUGAAAGACAAAUAUAAAGCCCUGAAAGCAGAAGAAAAAGUUGUCUCUGCAAAACAAAAUGAGCUUCUUAAAACACUUGCAACGCUCCACUCAAAGUUUCGAGGUAUGAAAGAAUAUGAAGGCAAGUGUGGUCCGCUGAGAGAGGAGAUAGGAGCCUUAAGACAACGCAACGAUGAACUCCAUCAAGAAAUCCAACAGUGCAGUGAGGAGAUAGAAAACAAAACUGUUACAAAGGCAAUUUAUGACUCACUGAAAGGAGAGAAAAAGAAUCUAACGCACAGAAAUAAAAUCCUGAAAAAAGAAAUUCAGGAGGUGGAGAAAAGGCUUGUAAAGGAACAAGCUUUGGUAGACAGGAAUGAUGUCAUGAAAGAAGAAAACGAAGCCUUGAUCCAACAAAACCACACAUUACAGCUGGAGGUUGAAGAGCUCUACGGCAGACUGCAAAGUGAAAAAAUACUGGAGGUCCUGCACAAAUCGCUGACAACGGAAAAAGAUGCCACGAGUCGAAGAAAUGAUGUACUUCGACGAGAGGUCCAGAAGCUCAAAGAAAAGCUGAACAGUGAAAGAGCUUUAGAAAGUGCACGCAAUGCAAUGAAGGCUGAGAAACAGAAGGUCGACCGAGAGCACGCAGCACUGCAGCAAGAAAUUCAAGACCUGAACAGCUCCUGAAGAGCUAUAUGGAAAGCUGACAUACAUUGUUUUUGCUUUCCAAGGGAAAAAAGGGUAUGGAUUUAACUUCAGCCUCACACAAAAAGGUGCUGGUUUAAUUCCUGUCUGACUCUUUUUGUGUGGAGUUGGAUUUUCUCCCCUGUGUGAAUGUGUGUGAGUGGUUGUUUGUUUCUAUGUGCCCUGUGUUGGACUGGCGACCUAUCCAGGUUGUACCCGGCCUCUCACCUAAUGUCAGCUGGGAUUGGCUCCAGUCGAGCAUAUGGAUGAAACUUCAGCCUCACACAAAAAGGUGCAGGUUCAAUUCCUGGGCCUGACUCUUUUUGUGUGGAGUUGGAUUUUCUCCUCAGGUUGACCUAAAAAUACCAAACCACCAACUAAAAGAGGGGCAGCACAGUGGCGCAGUGGUUAGCACUGUCGCCUCAGAGCAAGAAGGUCCAGGGUUUGAACCUUGGUCGUCUGCGUCUCUGUGUGGAGUUUACAUGUUCUCCCCGUGUCUGUCCCGGUUCUCUCCGGGUGCUCCGGCUUCCCCCCACCGUCCAAAGACAUGCAGGUUAAUUGGUGACUCUAAAUUGUGCUUCAGUGUGAAUGUGUAUGAAUGGAUGUUUGUUUCUAUGUGCCCUGUGAUGUUUGAUGUUCUCCCCUCUCCACCAUGGGGUUACUCCACGUGCUCCAGUUUCCUCCCACACCAGAAAACAUAUAUAAUAUGUGGAUUCUUA